AUGUCAGAACCCAACCCCAUGUUCGCUUUCUCAGAAGCAGCAAAUGAACAGGUCCAGCCGAUGCGAGCCUUAUUGGAAGGCUCGGACAUCCCGGAGCCUAUCUGGAAGGAUCUGUCCGUCUUUGCCCCGGAUGAGUCCGGGUCUCUGUCUGCAGCAGAAAUUCAGGAGUUCUUAGAUGGCAUCACGUACCCUGCUGAGCCCUCUGAUCUGUUGGUGAAGGCUAGGAUUCGCCUCUUGUGGCGGAAGUGCCAAAAGUCGGGUGCAACCUUGCAACCGGAUCCUCCCCAGACCACUCCCAUGGGGAGCACAGGUGCAAUGGCCGAGCAGGCUUCGUGGUCUGAGGCGUUCCCAAAACGUCUCAGUGGCGACACCGUCCGCCAAAUGGUCAAGUCUUUCAGUCCAUCACCACGACUUCUGUCAUUGGUUCAUCAGCAGCUGCAGGACAAGCGGUGGCGAUGGAUACCGUGGAAGUUGCGACUGUCAGAGGAGCAAUAUGAUUCUAAGUCCCUGGAGCGUUCCCUUAAGGCCCCGCGGUUAGAAAAUCUGCUAUGGGAGGAGAUACCCAGUAGAGAGUUGCCCACGCAGGGCAUGGCCAAGAGCGUCAUGGCAGAGUUGCUUCAUUUGCAAGCAGUGGCAAUUGCACUAGCUGAUGGUGCCCACCUCUAUACCUUGCGGGAGAUGAACCGAAAAUUUCUCGCCAAGUGUUUCGAUCACUUGCCUCGGGAUGCGGGGUUGCGGGUGCCGAACAGGUUGGAGGCCGAGACUGCAGAGAAACAGCUUUGGCAACAGAUCUCGGUGUUGUUCAAUGAAGAGAACUGGACAAUGGAUCAGGCGAUACGCGAGGUUGUUGUUGCUCGCAACGAGCUUCAUGUGUUGCUCAUGCCGAGGGCCGUCGCACCUAAAAUUCCGUGGCUACCGUGGCAACCGCGUCGCAUCAAAGGUGAUGGCAAGCAGGGGUCCCACGGCAAGGGCGGCAAAGGGGAUAAGGGUUCUAAGGGCGGUACUAAGGAUGGUAAAGGUUCCCAGCGUCAUACCCUGAUGGUCCAUGGAUUGCGAGUGGGCACCUCGUGGAUGGACGGCAAGAACAGGCGUCUUCUGUGUUCUGGUUUUCAGCAGGGCAAGUGCAAUCGCGAUCAAUGCAAGUUCGAGCAUGCGGGGUGCAUGUCUCAGCCCCUGGAGUCGCCCCAAUCGGGCGUUGUUCUUGCGGACGCAGACAUGUCGGUCAUACGUGCGGCUGAGGCAUGUGAACCCAUGCACACUGGCCAUACUGUUUGCUUUGAGCCACAAUCUGAUGCUGAGGAGUCCAAUCUCCCUCUCUCUGGUUUUCCACCAUGCGAUUCGUCAGGUAGCGCCCUGGCCACGUUUUCUGAAGUCCCACCGGUGCCCGCAGCAGUGGAUGCUCCGAGCUCUGUGUCAAAUGCCGCAUGUGCCGCAGUGGCAGACCCGUCGUCUGCCGUGUCAGAUGCAUGUGACACAAUCUUGCAUAUUUUGCAAUCCGUGGAUUGGCCGUCGUGCCAUACAGCAAGGGCUGUGUUGCAACCGUGCGACAACGACGGAACCGGUUACUGGAAUUUUGGGGUUAGGCCCUCAGAGCCCGCGGUCCUUACUUCUAUCACCCAAGAUAAGCCCGAUGUAGUUCGCCGUUUGAAUGCCUUGUUUAAGGUUCUUUGGCCGGAUCAAGUUUGGAAUUCGAUUUGUAUAAAUCUCAACCGCGCAGCUAGCCUUCACCAGGACUUAGCGAACAGUGAGGGCUCCUUGAAUCUGAAUGUCUCCGUUGGGGACUUUCAGGGGGGUGCGUUGUGGCUGGAGUCAGCAACAGGCACUUUGUGGCGCCAGCCACCAGGCAGCCAGCACUGGAUCAAGGGCGAAGAAGUUCAGACGUUUCGGAAUCCCGUUACUUUUCCAGCUUGUGCCUGGCAUGAAACCAUGCCGUUUGUGGGUAAUAGAUGGUCCAUCACUUGUUACACGUUGCCCCAUGUGCCGGAGGGAACGUUAGCCAAACUUGGUUUUCCGGAGGUAUCUCCGGCGCAACUUCCUCCUGCGUCGCCGACACAGGAGUCGGCUGCCACAUCAGCGGUUAAUUCCACCGCGCCAAUGUCGGUCUUGCCACCGGAAGAAGACUUACGCGAUGAUCGCAUCUUCGAUGGUCUCUUGAAGCUGGCCCACUCGGGUGCAGUGGCGUUUGCACAUGCAUCCCCUCCUUGCAGCGAUUACAGCAUUGUGAAGCGGUUUGAUGGCGGACCGGCACCCUGCCGAUCAUGGGAAUGCUUGGGAGGCUUUCCCUCCAAUAAUGCCGAAGCCCAAGGGCGUGUUCAGUCCAGCCACCUUCUGUUGUCUCGGGCAGUCAUGAUUUUGCACGCUGUGUUUCAGAGUGGUAAUCACGUAAGCUUGGAACAACCUCGGAAUUCUAUGGCAUGGGCCGAGCCCGUGACACAGGCCUGGCUGCUGGAAAUCGAGGCUGAUGUGAUUCAGGUGGCAGCUUGCAGCUAUGGUUCGAACUAUGCAAAGCACUGGGCCUUCGCCACAAGUUGGCGACCUUUACAACAGUUGCAAAGCGCUUGCCGGCACGCGGCGGGUCAUCAUGAUGUGUUUCACGGCAAACGUGACGCCACAGGCCAGUUCGUGUCUCGUUAUACAGCGGUGUUCCCUCCCAUGCUGUGCAAUGCGUUCAUGGAGGCCAUUAGCCCGUUGUUUCCAGUGAACACGAAAGCUACCGGCUUCACGUCCUUGCAUCAGGCACUUUCCGCCUUGCCGGUUCGCCCCUUGAAUGAUUUCCCGACUGGCCAACAGGAUGGCGGCGGCAUUUACAGCCAGCCCGACUGGACGUCUCCACCGGCGGGUGGCCAAACUUUUGCAAAGCCUGAUGCAAGUGCUCCGGUCCGAUCCUUGCACCAAGCGCGUGAUUUGCAGACUCUCAUCGGUCUCCUUCACUGGGUGUUGCAGAUGUCGCCUGAGUUGCUACCGUGGCUGUGCUGCUUGUAUCACGACAUGUCUCGUCCCUUGGGCACAAAUUUUUCCUUGCAUGCGGGUGCCUGGCAACAGUUAGCGGAUACCUUGACUGAUGAUUUGCAUUUCCGAAAAUCGCCACCAGGGUCGACCAUCCCCCCAGGAAGCAAGUUGUUGAGUGCACGACAUGUGGAGAUCAAGUGCAAAGCCGACUUGCGUCUGGUUAGGGCCACAGGCAAGCGGAUCUGGAUUCGUGUGGCGGAUGCGUCAUCCAGCAAGCGUCGCAUCAGCACAGUGAGCAGACAGUUUAUCAUGUUCUGGGUGCACUUUUGCAUGCGGCCUCAGAUGCCCCGCUGUUUGUUUCAGUAUUCCUUAGCUGCCGAUGCUUGUGCUAAGGGCAACGACAUUGGGAUUGGCGGAUGGGUUGAAUUGCCGAAUCAGCCCAUCGUUUGGUUUUCCGAGUGGUUUACGGUCCAAGACUUCCGUUCGUUGGGGUUGCCUAUGAAGGAUGAUGCUAAUUUGGACAUCACGGCAUAUGAGACGCUUGCACAACUCGCUCUCUUGAUAGCCUUCAUUUCCAUUACUCCUACCGGGCGGCUUCGGGUGUGCAUCCCAUCUUGGUCGGAUAACACAGGAACCGAAUCCUUGACAAACAAGCUCUUCACAGUACACACACCGCUGUGCUUCUUCGCUCAAAAACUGGCCACACGGAGUUGGCAGUCUGGCAUCUCUCUCGAUUGUACACACAUCGCAGGUUGUCACGAUGAUAGUUCUGAUUUCUUGAGCAGGUGGAAAGGCGACUUGAAGGAACUUCCUUCCCGGUUCCAUUCGGAUCAUCGGGUGCGAUGCCCACUCACAGUCUUGUGGGAGGGUGAGCGAGAUGUGCGUGUUUUCCCGCAAGACGCUAAGCUGCUAUGGCAGCCGCCUGUGUCGUCCUUCAGUGAGCAGAGCGUGUAA